CAUCCCUAUUUAUAUCUCUAUCAUUAUUAUUAUUCCUUUUUUAUAUCUCUAUCCUUAUUUACAAACCGCAUGUCUCUUUGCAGCGUGAAUCAUGCAAAACCAACACAAGCGAAAAAAUUUCUGGUCUCAACCGAUCGACCCAUUGGAGAAGUGUUAUCUGUUACCAUUUCGUUCUUGCCACCAAAACAUCAUCAGGAAUCCUACAUCUCAACUCAUCUCCAUGGAUAUAAAGAAAGCACGAUAGUGGAAAAAAUGGAAGUCAACUACCUUUAUCCACUGCCCAAAACUCUCACUUCUAGCUUGCUUUGUCGAACUUCUGAAGCCCCAUACAGACAUGGUGGAAAAACAUUUACGCUAACACCACACUGCUAUUAGUAGAAGUAAAUGAUAAUGUGUUUUCUGUAUUAAUCCUGUAGUUCCCUGGCGGGUAAUUUAAGACAAGCCAUGAGAUCUGCCAAUUAAGAUAAGUGAUUCUGCAUUUGUUUACUACACACACUGGCCAAUGAAUUAGAUCUAUUUUUCUUGGAUUGAUAAAAAAUAUUAUAUUAAUAAUACAGGGUGUUUAUAAAGUCUCGGACCCAUUU